AACAGCGCUAACGCUUUGUGGCGGCAGAAGCAAGUGCAUCAAGAUGGACGACUAUAAACAAGACGUUGGCCCUCUCGGUGGGAUGUUUGAGUACAAAAUAAAAAAAGACGGCUCAAUCGACCGACAAAAGGUAGUUUGUACACUCUGCUGGAAGGAGUUUUCAUUUCACCGAAGCACCACGAGCUUAAAGUACCACAUCAACGCCAAGCAUAGAUCUGCCGGGGAUUUAUCUGCCUGUUUGAGCCAAAACACUCCAACAAGACGCCGGGACCUCAGGCUGGACUUAAGUCAAGAAUCUUCUGAGCGUAUGUUAUUGAUCCAGACUCACUUGAACAACUAUAUCCCUGAUGCUGCUCUGCCACCUGGUGAGACAUGGCUUCAAAGUGGUCCAUCGCGAGCAGUGCUUUCCAUGCCUUCCUGUCUCUGCCUUUAUGAUCCGGGACUGUCAGGUCCUGGAUCUUCUGAUGAUGCGCACAUGGACCAGAGGAAGGUGUAUGCCAAGUGUCACCUUCAGCAGGGCAUCAUAUUUGGACCCUAUGUUGGAGAAAUGACCAAAGACCACAUGCCAACCAACCUCAAAUAUGCCUGGGCUAUCAGGAACGAUGCUGCUUUUUUCUAUGUUGAUGCUUCUGAUGAAAACAAAUCAAACUGGAUGAGGUAUGUAACUUACAGGAGCAGCGAGGAUCAACACAAUUUGAUUGUUUUCCAAUUUUAUCAAAACAUCUACUACAAGGUUUCACAGCCCAUCCCAGAGGGUGAUGAGCUCAAGGUCUGGAUUGGCAUGGAGUAUGCCAAAUUGCUGGGCCUCAGGAUGGGUGAGAAUGUGAAAUGUGAACACAGUAAAAAGGAGACAGUACUGGAACUUCUGUCAGACAUUCAGUUUGUCACACUGCCAGAGCCCAACAGCUUUUUCCAGACUGGAGACAACAACAACCAAUCACUGCCUAUAAUCAGUGACCUGACCACCCUGUCACAAACAGAUGCAAAUAAUGAUUCAGGACAGAUCUCUCGCUUGUCCUUUGCUUCCUCAAUACCAGGCUCGUCUGCUCAAUUGACUGAAGCCAUCAGCAAUUUUCUCAUCAUGGAUAUCCAUCCUCCAACUCUGGUAGGUGGAAAGGGCUUUAUCAAGCUGAUCCACUCUUUGCUUCCCACCUACAAACUUCCAGCUCCUUCCUUGCUCAAGAAGCUCCUGAAUAAACACCACAGCAGAGACAAAGAGAUUCUUGCUCAGAUGCUGACGACGUCGAGUAACAGAGAAAAUGAAAAUGUAUUUGACCACACCGCUCCUAUUGAGGAUGAAUGCAGGAGACUUGCGCCGUCACCCAUCGAGCAGGGUGAGGUUCCUAAUUUUGUCACAAUCAGUGUAGAUGUUUGGGUCCACAGCUGGGACCGAACUAACAAGAGAUAUGUCACUCUGUGGGCACAUUACAUUGACUCAAACAUGGAAUGCCUAAAUGUCACCCUGGCAACACAAAGACUCAUAGAAUGUGACAUGACAAAUAACUGCCAUCAAAGCUUGAAAGCCCAAGUAAAGACCAUGGCCAACGAGUGGGGGAUAUCCCAGUUUAAUCUGGUCUUGCUGGGAGGUAAACGCAAUAACAAGAUGCGACUGCAAAUACUAAAUAAUACAAAAUGUGCAGAUAAAUCCCUUCACACAAACUCAUUUCUGCAGACGGACGAAUCUGUGUCACCAAUGGAACAGUUGAAUCUACAACCGUGUCAUUCAAGUGAAGGGCUUCUGUUUGUCCCAUGUUUCUUCAGUGUUGUACAGGACUGCAUUGAUGAAUUGACGUCACACCCUGUCAUCUCCAAGACCCUCUUGCAAUUCCAAGGUUUUCUUUUAAGCCAGUUACAGGCACUCUGUCAAAACAAAGACUCCUGCCGGAGACCCUCAAGUUAUUACCAAAGCGUUAUGGAAACUUUGACCGAAAGGGAGCAGGCAGAGCUGAAGUCAUGGGCCAGCCAUUGUCGGCCGACAUGGAAUAGACUUUAUCCUCUGCUAAGCACACUACUCAAACAUGAAAGCAUUCAAAGUGCUCUGUUAAAGCAGGUCAAAUGUGAGAACCUGAUGGAUGAAGACUUUACUUCAGAAUUUGAUAAUAAUAAUUGUUGCUAUGCAAACUCCUCAUCCACUGCAGCUGUAUCAAACAUGGCGCCAUUGCACUCUGAGUGGAAGAUCUUGGAGGAGUUGUGUAUGGUCCUCAAACCAUUGGAUGUGGCAUGUCAAACGCUUGCCAAAGAAGCCUUCCCACGCUUGUCUCUUAUUAAACCCAUUCUCACCGGCUUGCUUUCCUGCCACUUAGUAUGCCGGCCAGGGGACUCGAGCAUUUUGAAUGACAUGAAGCAGAUGGUGAGACAGACUUUGGCAAGUCAUUACAACAAUUCUGAAGUCAACAGAAUUUUAAGUGUGGCCUGUUCCCUCGACCCCCAGUUUCAUGGGCUUGGAUUCAUGGAGAUGACGGAGCAAAUGGAGACUUUUGAUUGGCUGAAGAAAGACACCAUCAGGAUAGUAAAGGACCGGAAGACACACAAAAGCAUGAAGAUACACUCAAGUAAGAAGUUCAUCUCCCCUGAGGAACCGGAAUCUGAGAGUCAUUUAUUGAAGAGACGCAAAUUGGGUGAGGUUGACUCUAAGGACAUGGAGGAUGAAGAAGAGAUGGCUCUGCCAGAUCUCGGCCCAAUCUGUAAAGUGUCCGGAAUGGAGUUUUUGCUAGGAGACUUGUUCUCCACACCACAGAGCAGGCAGGAUUCCGUAGAGGAGUCUGUGGACUUAGAGAUAUCAGUCUUCAGAGCUGGUAAGGGGGCUUCGCUGGGCGUGGAGCCCCUACAUUGGUGGAGGACAAAGGCGGUGCAAUUCCCAAUGUUGGGAAAAGUGGCACAGGUGUAUUUGGCUGCCCCAGCAGUGGCAGGCAACAUGGCACAAGACUUUGUUCAGGACAGAGCAGGAACAACCAACAGGAAUAGAGACAACAUUCCACCAGAAAGUUUGGACGCAAUCCUGUUUCUCCACCACAACCACUCGAUUAGCCUUAAAAACAAAACUUAGAAUGUGCCAUGUAAAUGAAUUCCUUAUUUGCUGAAUAUUUUUUUUCCCAAAACUCUUAUUUGAAGUUGAUCUUCACUCUGAUCUUUGGUCUUUUGAAAUGGUACUGUAUACCCUCAGAUAGUGCUGUGCGAUAUUUAACAUAUAUAUUGGCGUGCAGGACCAUACAUGUCAACAAUGUAGCAGAGACUGAAAGCACAAUUAAAGCUAAACCAACAAAACCAGAAGAAAAAUUGGUGCUAAAGAGUGGAAAGAGAAACUACUUUUUCAAUCUAAUAAUUGGAAUUCAAGGCCCUAAAAUGUCUUAAAUUUGAUCAAAAUCUCGAAAAAAAAAAUUAAAUACCAACAUGUAAGGUCUUAGAAAUAUAUUAAAAUGAUUUAUUUUUUAACCAUUGCUUAACUUUAGGCUAGCUUUUGAUUUUUGAGGGCGCUAUUAAUGAAUACAAAUAAUUCAUGAAGCACAACCAACUAGUGAGCUGUGCCCACUGAGCGGUUCAGUUCAGUUUAAGUUUAUUUCGAACAUGCUUACGAUAUGAUGUAAUAUAUCACAUAUUUGCUGUAUGCAAAUGCACCAAGUUAUUGACUUUUAGUAUUUUUGAUUCAAUAAAUAAAGGGUUUGUAUGUUCUCUAUAUCCAACAUUAUGUAUUAUUCUAAUUUAUCUUUUUUGUAGCACUCUUAGUGAAUGAAGUGCACAUUUGUAGUUAUUUCCCCAUAUUUCUACACAAUAACUCAGAUAUGGUAACACUAGGGAGCAGUAGAGAACAUUUAGUGAUUUUUGGUCAAAGAACAUAUUUUGCUUUAUUCAUUAUUGACGUGUUUCUUGCUACUUUAUGUUGUAUAUUUUUACAUGAGGUUUCCAGUUCAUUUUGUCAUCUAUUAUUACACAUAAAAAUGUGUUUUCUUUUACCCUUUCAAUAUCAUCAUCAUCAGCAGCCGUUGUCAGUCCACUGCUGGACGAAAGCCUCAGCAUGUUUCUGCCAUAGUGAACGAUCUCUCUUGGCGUACUCUUCAUGCUGGUUAUUAGCCUACACCUUCCACGCUGGCUUGGUGCGGGUUGGAAGGGGUAUUUUAUAUCAGAGAUCCUUCUCCUAGACUAAUUGCCUUACUGGGCUGUUGAACUUAGUCUGUCCUGUUGGUUGUCCGCGCCCCAAUUACCCAGGGACCCGCUCAGCUUUAUGGCGCUGACCGCCCGCCAGUCACAAGAGAAGGUGCAAACGGUUCUUUGUGUGCAUUUUAUAGACGUUAGUUGGGACUCACUAACCCCACACACAACCUCCCAUCUCAUGCCUGGAUGUAGUUUAACGUCAUACCCAGGACAUACCUUUUCAAUAUAAACUCUGUCUAUUGGUAUUUGUGUUUGACUUUCCCUUCUACCUUUACCAAAUAGCAUUAUUUUAGUUGUACUGAGAUUCAAAGAUAGUCUGUUUUUGUCAAACCAUCUUUUUUAUGUGUGCCUUUCUUGUGUUAUUUGUAUUAGAUUGUGUGUGUUCUCUCCUGAACAAAAUACAGUUGUGUCAUCUGCAAAUAAUGUUAAUUUUAAGUCCUUUGUAACUUUACAAAUGUUGUUUAUAUAAAGAUCAAACAAUUUUGGUCCUAGUAUUGAUCCCUGAGGUAUGCGACAAGAUAUUUUCAGCUCUGUGGACGUUUGUUCUCCUAUCUUCACGUAUUGCUCCCUGUUAGUUAAGUAGCUUCUUACCUAGUUCAAGACCAACCCUCUGAUUCCAUAACGUUCUAAUUUGUUUAUUAAUAUAUUAUGAUUAAUGGUGUCAAAUGCUUUUGUUAAAUCCACAAACACUGUAGCAGCACAUGUUUUGGUAUUUAUUGCAUUGGUGAUCUUUUCCGUUAUUUCGAUUAAUGUCAUUUAUGUUGGGAUGUGCUCUGUAUUCGUAUUGAUUGUCUGUGAGUGUUUCAUUUUUAUUUAUGAAUUAUUCCAAUCUGUUAAGCAAUUGUUCAAUAAUUUUAGAAAAUUGUGUAAGUAGAGAAACAGGUCUGUAGUUUGUAAACUGGUGUUUGUCUCCAAUCUUAUAAAUUGGUACAACUUUCGCUAUUUCCAUUUUCUCUGGGCGUUUGCCUGUUUGAAAUGAUAGGUUGCUGAUGUAUGUUGAAGCUUCUGAAAUCUCUUCAAUAAUCUUUUUUUAUCGUUUUCAUAUCAAUUCCGUUAAAAUCAGUUGAGGUCUUGGAUUUAAAUUUUUUCACAGUAUUGAUUAGUUCCCCUUUUGUCACACCUUCAAGGAUCAUCGAGUUGGGAUUUCUGUCUAAAGUGUCAUUCAAGUCCUCAACUGACUCAGGAUCUGGGAUCUUCUUCUCCAGUCCAAUGUUCAUGAAGUAAUUAUUGAAGCUUUCAACUACUUUGUUGUUACUUUGUAAUUUUUUUACAUUUCCAUCUGAAGUAUUUAGGAUAAUCCUUCUUAGCACCAUUUUUAAUAAUGCUAUUUAGGAUGGACCAUGUUGCUCUCAUAUUGUUUUUGUUCGAUCCAAUAAUUGACUAAUAUUCUUUCCUACGUGUCCAUAGUAUGCCAGUUAGCUUGUUAUUUUAUGUUUUGUACUUGUUUUCUGCCUCUGUAGAUCUUUGUGUUCUAAAUCUUGAGUUUAGCUAACAGCGGUGAUCCCACAGCAAAGCCAUGUUAUUUGUGUAAUGUAGCAAGUGCAAGUUCAACAAUAUGUGGCUGCAGGAAAAACAAGUUGAUGCAUGAUUGAAGCCGGUGGAUGAAAACGUAUACAGUAAAAAAUGUUCGCCGAUGUCAUAACUCUGGUCAGGACCUGAAUGUAGAUGGCAGCAUUUGUAAACAUUGUGGUGAAAAUGAAUGGAACGAUAAUGAAAAAGUAAAAAAUCUGGGACAUGUCUGUGUCAAAAGAUGCUAAAAAGCCACAAACACCUGCACAACUGUACAGAGAUUGAUGUAGGACCCCCAAAAGAGCGUUAUGAAUGUGGGUAAGCGGCACUAAUAGUCGAAGAAGAUCCGAAUGAGAUGUUUACUAAAUCAUACUAUUACAUACAUUAGGCAUACACAUGUCAGAUACAAAAUUUAAAUGUUAUGCACAUUGUUAAUAUCCAAAUUCUAAGGCUUGCAAUCCAAACAAGUGUUAUGUCCUGUUUUGUCACAACUUUGGGCAGACUGUAGUACUGCAGAUAUCUUUCUGUUUGCUCAAUUCUGAAAUUCUGAAAGUUAACCGUUUAUUUUAGCAGAGGUGCAAACUCCCCGUCACAGACAAAAUGUUUUUGUAAGCACAACUUUACAAUUGCUGACUUUCUCAUUAUUGUUAUGUGAAGACACUCGAAGCACACUGCACCUUCUGCAAAAAAAAUACAAAUACAGGACUUUGGGCAUUAAGGCAAU